CGUAUUGUUGGGAUCAGGGCUGGCAAUCAAUGCGGCGCGAAGAGCGGCGGCAGUAGCACACGGCGACCGCAAGCGAACCUAACAACGAAGGCACAGCAGCCCGGUGCGGGCUGCGAGCUGAUCGAUGGACGAAUGGGCCAAUGCUGCGGCUGGCGCGGCUGCGGCGGGUCGGCAGCAGCAGGAACAACCGCCGCACAUCGCAAACGCUCGGUCGCGGGUCAACGCCGGGGCUAGCAGCAGCAGCACCAGGGACGCAGCACAGCCGCGGGAUUUGAUGCCGCAUGCGAGUGGCAUUAAUAGCGAUGUGAAUGCGGUCGGGGCUGCGUCUGUGAGCCCGGCGCCAGGACUGGCUGGCCCAUCGGCGGCGGCGUGGCAGCGCCUGAGCCGGCCGCCGGCACCACACGGGCCGCCGGGGCCAGCCGCAGAUACGGAGCCGCCCGCACCCACACCCGCACCCGGCAUGCGGGCGGGAUGGGCGGAGCAGGUGGCGGAAGCUGCUGGGGAGGACGCGGCCCCUCCUGGCCCCAGCCGGGCUGGGGGCGGGCGGCCUGGAGGGGCAGGCGGAGGGGCAGGCGGAGGGGCAGGCGCUGAGGCCAGUAGUGCUGGCGCUGGCGAGGGCGCCGACGUGGGGCGUGGGGUCCUGGGCGCUGCUGGCGAGCCGCGUGCGGACGGCUGGCGGCUGUUUGCGCUGCAGACGGAGGCGGUGCUGCGCCGCAACGCGCUGCUGCAGCGCCGCGCCUGGCGUCAGAGCCUGUGCCUGCUGGCGCUGCCCGUCAUCUUCUGUGUGCUGCUGGUGGUCCUUCAGCGCCUGGUGAACAACCAGCUGGGCGCCACUGAGGAGUACCGCUGCGGCUGCAUGUGCACCGCCUGCUGCGACUGGGUGCAGCAGCAGCAGCAGCAGCCGGCAGGAGCGGCAGGAGCGGCAGGAGCCGGGCUGAAUGGCAGUAGCAGCGGCGGCGGUGGUGGUGGUGGCGGCAACGGCACCAGCGUGUGGGAGUGCUACACGGCGACGGAGGACCGCCCAUGCUCGCCGUACGCGCAGUGCAAGGCCCGCGACCCGACCCGCUGCGGCGCGCAGUACAGCCGCUACGAACAGGUGGCGUUCUGCGACGUGCGCUCCCCCGCCACCUGGCCCGCAGUGCUGCAGCUGCCGGCGGAGGAGUACAGGCCCGGAGCUGCCGCUGCCGGCGCCGCCGCGCAGUCGCCCGCGUCGUCGCAGCCCGCGCAGCUGUAUGCGGCAGCGGGGCAGUCGGGCGGCGCGGCAGGAGGAGCUGCAGACAGCGACGGCGGCAGCAGCGGUGGCAGUGGCGGCGGCAGCAGCAGCGGUACCGGCAGUAACGGCAGCACGCCGACGCCGCCUGUGGUAGCGCCGUACACAGGCCGGGAUCAGGUCCUGGCGGCGGCCCUCAGCGCCGGGCUGGUGCCGCGCGGCGGGGACGCCGGCGUGGGCGGCCGCAUGCUGAGGGACCUGCUGGACGUGCAGCAGCGCAUGCGCCGAGCCGGCGGCAGCCCCGCCCGCAACGGCAGUAGCAGCAGCAGUAGCAGCAGCGGCGCCAGCGCCCUCAGCACGGCCGGCAGUAGCAACCCACUGCUAACAGUGCUGGCAGGCGCAGUGAUGGGCGGCGGGGCCGGGGCCGGGGGCGGGGCCGGCGGGGCUGCUACUGACGGCGGCGCCGCCUCUUUCGCGGAAGUUGACCUCUGCGACCCGUCAGUUGACGUCCCCGCGCUGUUCGCACGAAACACCGGAAACGGCAGUAGCACCAACGGAACCAACAACGGCAGUAGCAGUGGCCGCGGCAGUAGCAGCAGCAGGUCGUUGCCGGCCGCUGCCCGUGUGCUGGACCAGGCGCAGCUGGCGGCGGCGGCGGCGGCGCUGACGGAGGUGCUGUCCGACUACGACCUCCUUCUAGGCACCCCCACCGAUGCCACCUACACGAACCUGCUGGAGCCGGCGCUCAUUGUGGGCUCGCCGGUGCUAGGCGGCGGCGCCGAUGACGGCGGCGGAGGAGGAGGAGGCAGUAGCAGCAGCGUGCGCGGCGGCGGCGGUGGAGGUGGUGGCGGCGGCGGCAGCGGCGCUUCGGGCUUUCUCAGUGGUGGCGGCGGCGGGCAGUCGGGCUACCGGGGUGAUCCGGCUCAGGCCCUGCCCCUGUACCACCUGUCCCGCGACUGCUCCCGCCUGGGCCCCACCGACCGCCUGGUGCUGCGGCAGCUGGGCUGCGGCCUCAGCCGCGGGCUGGGGCUGCCGCCGCUGCGGUGCGCCUCCUGGAGCCCGCAGUGGCAGUCGCAGGUGCCCGCCAUCGAGCUGGAGCUGCUGUGCGGCUGGGGCGGCCGGAUCGCAGGCUGUAGCAGCAGCGGGAGCAGCACAAGCGGCAGUAGCAGCACUGCCGCCACUACCGCCAAUGCCUCCGCCGCCAACAGCACCGCCGCCGCCGCCGGCCCCGGGGGGUUGUCAGCCGCCGGCGGUCGGCGGCUGCUACUGCUGCACCUGCGGCCGCAGCACCCGCAACAGCCGUCCUCCAUCAUGGUCGUGGCCGCGCCCGACGGCGGCGGUCUGAGUGAGGCCGAUGGCAGCAGUAGCAGCAGUAGCAGCAGCAGUGGCAGUAGUAGUGGCAGUAGCAGUGGUGGCAGCGGCAGCAGUAGCCGACGCGGCGGUGAUGUUUCGAUCAACGGCCAAGGCGUUGCCAGCGGGGGGACCCCGCAGGCGUCGGCUGUAGCAGCAGAAGCAGAAGCAGCAGCAGCAGCAGCAGCAGCAGCAGCAGGAGCCGCGGCCUCGUCAGUGGCGAAACUGUUCCUGGCUACAGCCGCGGACAUGCUGGGGCAGGCCUCGGGCAUGGAGGGCAGCAGCGGGGAGGUGGCGCAGGCCCGGUAUGCCGCAGGUGGCUGGGGCGGCGGCGGCGGCGGCGUGGGUGCGGAAGCGCAGGAGCCUGCAGCUGCACGGUGCGGAGGCGGCACGCAUGCAGAGGCGGAGGUGCAGGCGGCGGCGGCGGGUGUUGUGUCGCGCCGCCGCCGACUGCAACAACAGCAGCAGCAGCAGGGGCAGGGGCAGUCAUCGCCGGACCAGUCACGGGGGCAGCAGCCGCAGGCGGGAGUGGCGGCGGCGGCGGCAGGAGGGGAAGCCAGUCUGCGUAUCGUGCAGUACCCCAGUGGUGUGUACGACUGGGGGGAGACACGCCUGCCGGCGGGGGGAGCAGGAGGCGGCGGCAGGGGCGGCGUGGGCGGGGCUCUGGACCUGAGGCUGUGGGUCAACAACAGCGAUGUCCUGGCCAGCAUCGCCCCGCACGUGCAGCGCUGGCCCGCCGCCAUCAACGCCGCCGCAAACGCCUGGCUCACGGCGGCGGCGGAGGCGCUGGCAGGGGCGGCGGCGGGAGCGGCUGGAGCCAACACCAGCACCGCUGCCGGCGCCGCCCGGCCUUGGGUCCUGCGGCUGUCAGGCAUCAAGGGCUUCCCCACUCGCGGCUCCCCCCUGCGCCUGGACCUGGCCAGUCUCAUGGGGCCGCUGUUCUUCAUGUGGGCCAUGCAGCUGCUGCUGCCGACGUACGUGCACGCGCUGGUGUCGGAGCGCGAGCGCGGCGCCUCGCUGCUGAUGCGGCAGCAGGGCCUGGCGCCGGGCGCGGCGGCGGCGGCGGCGGCGGCCUGGUUCGGCCUGGUGUACGGCGCCUACAUGGCUGUGUUCGUGGGCUUUGGAGCGGCGGUGCGGCUCAACGUGUUCAUAAAGACAGGCGCGGGCGUGCAGCUGCUGUUCUACUGGCUGUGGGGCUGCUGCAUGGUGUCCUGGGCGUUCUGGUUCGCGGCGGUGUGGGGCGGCGCGGCGGCCGGCACCCUGGCCGCCACGGCCACUGUGGUGCUGACUGGGCUGGUGGCCAACAUGGUGGUGGCGCAGUUUGUGACUGCCGGCCCGACCUGGCUGGCGGCACUGCUGCAGGUGUUCCCCUCCUUCGCGCUGUACAGGGGGCUGUGGGAGAUGGGCGCAUACGCAUUCCUGGCGGCGGCCAACGGCGGAGCGGGCCUGACCUGGCGCCGUCUGGCCGACCCCGGCUGCGGCAUGCUGCUGGUGUGGGCGCUGCUGGCGGGCCUGACGCUGUGGUGUGGGCUGUGCGCAGCAUACUACCACCAGGUGUUCGGGCCUGACGACCUGGGCGUGCGCCUGCACCCCUUCUUCUUCCUGGGGGCGCGACUGGGGCCGGACGAGCCGCGUGGCUGGGACUGGUUCGGGCCGGCGGCGGCGGCGGCGAGGUGGCGCGCGUGGUGGGGCGGCGCCCGUGAGCGGUGGCGCCGGCGCCAGCAGCAGCUGCAGCACAGGUGGCGGCGGGGAGCGGCCGGCCGCCUGCCGCCGCCGCUGACUGGCUCAGUCCCAGUAGCGGGACCGGCAGCGGCGGAGGGACCAGCGCAGGACGCGGGUCGAGGCCUGGCGCCAGCGGGACCGGAAGGCGGAGCGAGUCAGUUGGGGGCCGCGGUCGCAAGCCCGAGAGCCGCUGCGUCGCCGGCGUCUCUGGAGUUGCCGGCGUCGGCGGCGGCGGAUCAGGAGGUGCUGCAGAAGCAAAGGGAGGCGACUCUAGGAAAGCAGGCGGGCCGGCACCAGGGGCAGGAGGGGCAAUCACAAGAACAGAAGCAGGAAGAGGGGCAAGAUGGGCAGGAGGAGCAGGAGGAGCAGGAGGAGGAGGAUGUGCGGGAGGAGCGCCGGCGUGUGAAUCAGCUGUGGGCGGCCAUGACGGCGACCGAGGCCGCCACAGCCACAGCCACAACACCCACACCAGCGGCCACGGUAUCACCAACCACGGCUACGACACCAUUGCCAACGGGCUUCGCCAGCAGCAGGGACGGCGGCUGGGUCUGGAGCAAGCUGCGGGGCGCCACCACGGCGGCGGCGGCGGCAGCAACAGCAGGGACGGCGGCGGCGGCGGCAGCGCCAGGGGGUGGGGUCCCCGGUGUGGCUGAGCGCCGGCUUGGGGCGGAAGAGGUGGCGGGCGGCGGGGCGCCGGCGCUGCUGCUUCGCAACGUGUCCAAGGUGUUCCCAGGCCGGGGGGUCCUGACCGCGGCGCCGCACGUGGCUGUGUGUGGUCUGAGCCUGGCGGUGGGCGGGCGCGAGACGCUGGGGCUGCUGGGGCCCAACGGCGCCGGCAAGACCACCACACUGCGCAUCAUGCAGGGCAUGUUGGAGCCGAGUGGCGGGUCGGUGCACGUGUGUGGACUGGAGCUGGCCACGGCGCCGGAGCAGGUGGCCCGGCGCGUGGGCAUCUGUCCGCAGCAUGACGUGCUGUGGCCCAGCCUCACGGGCCGGGAGCACGUGCGCCUCUUCGGCCGCAUCAAGGGUCUGCGCGGCGCGGCGCUGGAGGCGGCGGUGUCCUCGGCGCUGUGUGAGGCGGGGCUGGGCGACGGCGAGGUGGCGGACCGGGCCGCGGGCGGCUACAGCGGCGGCAUGCAGCGGCGGCUGAGCGUGGUGUGCGCGCUGGUGGGGUCGCCGGCGGUGCUGUACCUGGAUGAGCCCUCCACGGGACUGGACCCGGCAUCGCGUCGGCUGCUGUGGCAGGCGGUGCUGCGCGCCAAGGCCCGGUGUGCGGUGGUGCUGACCACGCACUCCAUGGAGGAGGCUGAGGCGCUGUGCGACCGGCUGGGGGUGGUGGUGGGCGGCCGCCUGAGGGCGCUGGGCAGCCCGCAGCAGCUGCUGGACAGGUACUCCUCCUACCUGCUGCUCAGUCUGACGGUGGCUCCCGGCCUGGUGUGCGCUGAGGAGCGGCGCGUGGCGGACGAGGCGGCGGCGGAGUUUGUUCGCAGCUGCAUCAGCCCCCAAGCCAAACAGGUGUACUGCCUGAACGGCUGCCACAGGUACGAAGUGCCGCGUGGCGGCGGUGGCGGCGGUGGCGGAGGAGGAGGAGGAGGAGGUGGAGGAGGAGGAGGAGGAGGAGGAGGAGGAGCAGGAGGAGGAGCAGGAGGAGGCAGCGGGACAAGUGCGGGCGGCGCCAUCGGAGGCGUGGGUGGUGGCAUCAGCCUGGCCGGCCUGUUUGCGACCAUGUCCCGAGCUAUGGCGGAGGGCCGAGCUGGCAGCAGCAGCAGCGGUGGUGGUGGCCGCAGCGGCUGCGGGAGCAGCGGUGGCGGCGGCUUGGCGGCAACUGGCGCUUCAAGCAGAAGCAGCACCAUUAGGGCUGCAGCGGCAGAGGUGCAGGAUGCAGACGUGCAUGACGAGUCGGCUCCCCUCCACCAUACACGUUCGGGGGCUUGCGCAGCGAGCAUCGGCUACCGCCAGCUGCAGCAGCUGCGGCCUCAGGGCAGCCCCGGCACGAGUGCUGCGGGGAGCGGCAGUUUGGGUUCGGAGGCGGCGGCCGGGUCAGCGGGAGGUAGCGAUGUGGGGACCAGCCUCAGUGGGGGUGGGGAGGCGGCGGGCGGCAGCGGGCGGAGCGGUCAGGCGGGAGAUGACGGCGGCGUGGGCGCUCUGGCGCUUGUGGACUGGGCGGUGUCAAGCGCCACAUUGGAAAGCGUGUUUGUGCGCAUUGCCCGGCGGGCGGGUGCGGUGGUGGAGGCGGCGGCGGGGCCGUGAGCGGGAUGGCGAUGGCGACUGGCGCGGGCUGUUGUUGGUGGUUGAGCUGAGAUUGUUGUGUGGUGGUUGUGGUGCCUGACGUUUGGGGUUAUUUACGUGAUGGGCUGGAGAUUAGCGCGAGAUUGGUUGCGGAGUUGGAAGAUCGAGACCUACAGUGUAUUGCGGUUUGAUACGGGUUGACUGUCGGUCUGGACACCAGUGAUUCGUGUGGACGUUUGCUUUGUGUGUGUUCCGUGAAGGCAGCGCCGCCUGUGUUGAAAGGAUGAGACGCGAGUCCUCAGUGAGACAGGCAGGGCUCGAACAAAUGGUUAUACCCCAGGAACGACGAG